AUGCCGCCAAAGGGAACCAUUCUAGAGGGCAUUGCGUUGUACUUUCAGUUUUGCCAUAAGCAGCCCCUUUGGCUGUUUGACCCGGAGGAUUUUACCGCCCCCGAAAGCUAUCGAAGCGAAGUAAUAUUUGGCAUUCUCAGCCUGGCUCUUCGAUAUUCAGAUAGCCCUUUUGUAGAAGGACGGAAGGACCAAGUCUGUCGCAAAUAUGCCGAGGCGGCCGCCAGCUACUGCAUGCUCCGAGUGACCCAGGGAACAGUGGAUCUGUCGACCUUGCAGAGCCUAUCCCUGAUCGCAUUGGCUGAAUACAUAACCAAUGAUACACAUCUGGCCUCAUUACAUAUUGGCCUUGCGACGAAUCUCGCCAAAUGCGCAGGCAUCAAUAUCGAACUUCAAGAAGGCGAUCUAUCGCCCGUGUUAGAAGAGCGGAGACGAGUUUUCUGGAGCAUCCACCUUCUCAACCAGCUAUAUGCUCCAUACAGCAUGCAACUGAACAUGCUCAAGGAUAUUCAUAGUCCGAAGUACAUGGCGGUGAAUGUCGAUUCGCCCCGAGAAAUGGGCAUGAAGCCGCCUCAGAACCCUCAAGAAAAUGGCGCUUUCACCGCACGAGGAGGGAUCUGGUUGUAUAUGGUGCAACUUUCUACUCUGUGGAGUGAAGUCCAACAUUAUGUAUCGCAUUGUGCCAGUGGAGACCCUAAACCGCCAUGGGCAGUGGAUUCCGGAUACAACAUUAUUGGGGCGCAUCUGAUGGAUAUUGAGACGAAGUUCCCGACUGCUCAUCGGUAUGACUGCGCCAGGUUCCAAGCGCAAUCACAGGAAGAAUUGCAUGAGAAUCGUGGAUACUGGAGCCCCUGGUUGUACCUGCAGUUUACCUACCAUGCCGUGCGCAGUGUGCUCAACCAUCCUUUUCUCUAUUCAUGGCGGCCUCAACAGUCUGCUCAGCUUGCCGUUCCCAAUACAUUCUGGAAAACUGCGUCGGAGCUGGCGCUCAUCCAUACGACGUGGAUCGUACGCCUCAUUGACAUGACUACAGAAAAAGACUAUCAGAUUUCAGAUCCGUUCAUUGGGCACGCGGUGGCGAUCGCCGCUACUAUACACAUUUACUACUGCCGUGCCGCCGACCCUGCCGUCAAAGACUCCGCCCAGAAGAACUUUGAGACGUGCACCCAAUUCUUGAGAACGCUUGCUGCCAAAUGGCCUAGAUUUGAUGUGAUGUCCGCUUUUGCCGUCAGCCCCCAUACCAGGAAUCGCAACCUGUCCAGAAGAACAUUAUCCAUCGACACCGCUCUCAUGUGGGACAUCCUUUGUCACACUGCUCCUACAACGCAAUACUCCCCUCCUGGCGACGGGCUUUUUGAUCCUGCAUUUGUGCGGCCUACGGUCCAGAAACGCCCCGAAGAAAGGACCGUCGAGACCGAAAUCUUCCACCAUUCUGCUCGUGCUGUCGAUACCUCCGAUGGAGGCCAAGCUCUACCACCAUACUCAAGUAACCUCCACGAUCGCUCUCCUUCGGACAACGCAGACAAUGCACCUUGGACUCGGCAUAAUGCCGUCCCCGCAGAUAGUAACCCGCCACCAGGACCCUCCUUAUCCAGAGAUCAGACGGGCUGGUCUUCGGCAUUUCCAGGAGACGUAUCUUUCAUGGAUGUAACCCAUGACCCUUUCUUCCAAUUCCAAGACCAGAGUCACCCGUAUCGGGGGCUCUGGGAAAUCGGGAACUUGUGA